AUGCAAAUGCAUCAUCUAGUACCUCCGCAGCAACAAUAUCAAGGAUUUGAACCAGAAGAUGCUUCAUUGAACAACACAAACACGUCUGGAAUGCCCAUCGCAUAUAAUGGCUACAAUUAUGGUCCAGCUGCUGGUUAUUAUGGUGAUCAGUUUGGAAAUUAUGGCAAUGCAUUUAAUUCCACUGGAUUUGUGAAUUCAGCGAUGGGACAGCAGGAUACGAACAUGGGAUUACCUCCUUUAGCUAAUCGACAGAUGGGAUAUGACCCAACACAGUCACAAAAUCAACAGCAGAAUAAUGGAGGGUACAUGAGUGGAUCGGGAGAGUAUUGGAGAUAA